AUGCUCCGAACUCGCCAGGCCGCAAAGGCCAUCCGGGCCGUCGCCAAUGCCCGAUCCUUCACCACCACAUCAGCCGUUGCUUCCGUUCAGACUUCAAAGAAGGUCGCCAGUACCAGGAAUCAAUCCACUGCUGCUGCACCUGCACGCGAUAUCCCCAGCCCAGGAUUCAAUGUCGAGAAGAACCAGAGCAAUGUCCAGCCUCUGGUCAACCCCCGGAAAAACGACAUGGAUGAGUCUUUCAUUGGAAAGACUGGUGGUGAAAUCUUCCACGAGAUGAUGCUCCGACAUGGCGUGAAACACAUCUUUGGAUACCCUGGCGGUGCCAUUCUCCCCGUUUUCGAUGCCAUCUACAACUCAAAGCACUUCGACUUUAUCCUCCCUCGCCACGAGCAAGGUGCUGGCCACAUGGCUGAGGGUUAUGCCCGAGCUUCUGGCAAGCCCGGUGUUGUUCUCGUCACAUCUGGUCCCGGUGCUACAAAUGUCAUUACACCUAUGCAGGACGCCCUUUCUGACGGUACCCCCAUGGUUGUCUUCACCGGUCAGGUCGUGACAACUGCCAUUGGUAGUGAUGCUUUCCAAGAGGCCGACGUUGUCGGUAUCUCUCGUGCAUGCACCAAGUGGAACGUCAUGAUCGCCACCAGCGGUCGCCCCGGUCCCGUCCUCGUCGAUCUUCCCAAGGAUGUCACUGCCGGUAUCCUACGGAGAGCUAUUCCUACCGAGACUGCUCUGCCUUCUCUGCCUAGUGCCGCUUCCCGCGCUGCUAUGGAUGUGACCAAGAAGCAGCUCGAGGGUGCUCUCCAGCGCGUCGGCAACCUCGUCAACAAGGCCAAGAAGCCCAUCAUCUAUGCUGGUCAGGGCAUCAUCCUUUCCGAGGGUGGUCCCGAGAUCCUCAAGGAGCUCGCUGACAAGUCCUCCAUCCCCGUUACCACUACUCUUCAGGGUCUAGGUGCCUACGACGAACUCGACGAGAAGUCCCUGCACAUGCUUGGUAUGCACGGCUCUGCUUAUGCCAACAUGGCCAUGCAGGAGGCCGAUCUUAUCAUCGCUCUCGGUGCCCGAUUCGACGACCGUGUCACUCUGAGCAUUGCCAAGUUCGCUCCCGGUGCCAAGGCCGCUGCUGCUGAGGGCCGUGGUGGUAUUGUCCACUUUGAGAUCAUGCCCAAGAACAUCAACAAGGUUGUUCAAGCAACCGAGGCCAUCGAGGGUGAUGUCGCUACCAAUCUGAAGGAACUCCUGCCUCUGAUUGAGUCCAAGACCAUGGAGGACCGCAAGGAGUGGUUCAACAAGAUCAACGAGUGGAAGAAGAAGUGGCCCCUGACCGACUACGAGCGUGCCGAGCGCUCUGGUCUGAUCAAGCCCCAGACUCUGAUUGAGGAGCUCAGCAACCUCGUUGCCGACCGCAAAGACAAGACCUACAUCGCCACUGGUGUCGGCCAACAUCAAAUGUGGACUGCCCAGCACUUCCGAUGGAGACACCCUAGAUCCAUGAUCACCUCCGGUGGUCUUGGUACCAUGGGUUACGGUCUACCUGCUGCCAUUGGUGCCAAGGUUGCCCAGCCGGAUGCCCUUGUUAUCGACAUCGAUGGUGACGCUUCCUUCAACAUGACCUUGACUGAGCUGUCCACUGCUGCUCAGUUCAACAUUGGUGUCAAGGUCAUUGUUCUUAACAACGAGGAGCAGGGCAUGGUCACACAAUGGCAGAACAUCUUCUACGAGGAUCGAUAUGCCCACACUCACCAGAGCAACCCCGACUUCAUCAAGCUCGCCGAGGCCAUGCGCGUCCAAAAUCGACGUGUCUCUAAACCCGAGGACGUUGUCGAUGCCCUGAAGUGGCUCAUCAACACCGACGGCCCUGCUCUGCUGGAGGUCGUCACCGACAAGAAGGUGCCUGUCCUGCCCAUGGUUCCCGUCGGUUCCGGCCUACAUGAGUUCCUCGUCUUUGACGGAGCCAAGGACAAGAAGAGACGUGAGCUGAUGAGAGAGCGUACCUGCGGUCUGCACGGCUAA